AUGAAAUUAUUUUACUGUGGUUUCAAUGGAUUUGGUCAAGUGGAACAUUUAGGCGCCAACGAAUGCGCCUCCCAAAAAAUUGGCACUUGCCUGCCUAUGCUGAUAUAUCAGUCGGAAACCGAUCGGGUGUUGCACGUGUUUCUUGGCUGGUCUCGACUGAUAAUUACAACAACAAAUGAUUCUGUUGUCAGUGGUUAUUGGAAUGAAAUAUCAAGUUUCAAGGGAUCCAUCUCUGAGGGAGUCAGAAUAAAACAAGUAACAUGCAAUGAACAUUUAGCUGUGUGCAUUGAUGAAAGUGGAGUAUUAAAGAAGCGAAUAAUAGACAAUCCUCGUGCUCAAUCUUCAGAUUGGGAAAAGGUGCCAACAGCUGCUGAUGAGGCAGGGCCUGUAAAAUUUGUCAAAGUUUUAAGCAAUGAACAUUCCGUCAUAGCCCUUGAUGAAAUUGGAAACAUUCAUCUCCCACCUUUACGUAUGGAAAACAUGCAGUCAAAAUUUGUUGACAUUGCUUGUGGAAAAGAACAUUUUAUGGCCCUCACCAAUGAUGGAAAAGUUUACUCUUGGGGAUCAGGAAGCCGCGGCCAGCUAGGUCAUGGCAGCGUCGAGUCAAGUGAAUAUCCACAAGAAAUUGAGAUGCUAGGUGGAAUAAAGAUUGUUCAAAUUGCUGCUGGCGGGUGGCAUAGCUGUGCAUUGAGCGAAUCUGGAGACGUUUACGUUUGGGGUUGGAAUGAAUCCGGCCAAUUGGGUUUACCGUGUCGUAAUCUGAGCGACUCUUCUUGCAAAAGGUAA